ACUCGAUUCUGUAGCUUUUGGCUCUUUAGAGCAAUGAAUUCUAGCUAGAUAGAAAUGCCAGGUCACAGCAUUGAAUUUGGAGUCACGUGUGUCUGUCGAGUGCGUGUAGUUGAGGGAUCAUAUUGUGAAUGAGUAGUUGUAAACACGUGUGUCAAACCGUGAGUCACCAUCUUGUUUCUGUAACCCCGACCCCCUUUCUACUUGCUGACCUGACAAUUUGCGGCCACUUCACGCAUACAACUAACCCGUGACAGUUUUUAAGUAGCAGGACAGUCGACCUCUGCGAUACGCUUCUCACGGAAUGUGUCAGUGUGAAUUCAUGUGGACUAAAUGUUUCUCUGGUUUGAAAAAACAUUAAAAGUCUUUUGAACAAUAGUGAAUAUAUAAAAGACAAACAUUUAUAGCAAGACAAUAUUAUCGAUUGAAUAGUAAUUGAAGAAAUAACAACGGCUAUAAUCCAGCAAGAGAGGAAUGGGGAAUCUUUGCUCGUCCGGCGCUGAGAGAUCUGAAAAGAAAGAGGAAAACCAAUUACCAGAUAAACCCCAGGACGGAGAGGAUGAGGCGCUGCUGCCCAAGGGCGAAGCUGCCGUGGAGCUGAACGCUGAUGGAGUUCAAGUGUCAUCAUCUGGCGGAGAUGGCGGCGGAUUAGGCGAGGCGUUGGGUGCAGCGCUAAGCCAGGGGAAGGCUGACGUGUCCGCAUCCAUUGAAACUGAAGCUCAUCAAUUCUCUUCCGAAGGACAGAGCGCCUUUACUAGAGUCGUGCAGUCUGGCAAAGAAAAUGUUGAGACAGGGAUUCAGCAAGUCAACCUUAGUGCAGACUCCGCCGCAAGUAGUGCAGCCACCAUAGGUAACAAUGUCGUUGAAGACGUCCAGUCAGCGGUAGAAGAGACAGUUACAAGCGCCAAAGCUGCCACGCAAGACGCUGCUGCUGAAGCAGUGAACAAUGUGCAAGAGAAAAUAGAGAACAUUGCUCUGCAGGCACGCCAGCAAGCUUCCAGUGUAUCAGAAAACGUGUCCUCAACUAUCUCCACUCUAACAUCUGCAGCUGUAAGUGGCGCACAAUCUGCUAAGGAGGAGACUCAGAACGUUAGUCAGUCGAUUGAAGCUGCAGGAACUGAAACCUCAAAUCAGGUACUUUCAAACGCAAACGACACUGUCAGUGCAAUAGAUGAAGUUAAUAAGGAUAUAGAAUCAAAUGCUCAAUCUAACUUUGAGACUCUACAAUGCACAGGAACUUCUCUUGUGAAUGACACCAAUGACUCCUUAGACGCUGGUGCCGAACAAGUUUUUACUUUGCAAUCAGAAGCAGAGAAAAGUCUUCAGGAUGACAUCCUAGAUAAAUUCGAGGAGCUGAAAUCAUCCACUUUAAACACCGUGGAAAGCUUCCAGAAAUCAGCUGACGAAAAAUUGACCGAGACCGUUGAUAAUGCUCAACAAUCAGCAUCUGCAACUGCAGGCGAUCUUAUUAGCCAAGUUGAACAGUCUACAGAAGCAAUAAGCCAGCAAGCUUUUGAUGCGUCUGAAAAUGUUAACAACGAAGUGAUUGAGUCGGCGCAAUCUGUUUCUGACAGUGUGGUGAAUGUUGAAGCCGAUAUUCAAGAGUCCGGAUCCAACACUCUUUCAGCUGCUGUUGAUGCCGCUGAUGAUGCCUCCACCGAAGCUCAGGGCUUUGUUUCUGACAGCUGUCAACUGUUAAACGAAACUUCACAAUCUGCUAGUGAAACUGUGUCACAAGCUGAAAACGUCUUAGCCGAGGACCAGCAGCUGUUGAAAGAUGAGGCAUCACAGGCAGUUACUAAUGCUGUAGACGCUACAGUAUCAACUGCGGAAGAUGUUGAGAGGGAAGCUGCCAGUGCUAUCAGCGUAGUUUCUGAGAAUGCUACGGAUUUUACUGAAGCUUCUACUGCGGUCCAAGAGAAAGAAGAAUCUACCACACAAGAGUGCACUGAAUCAAAUACAGCCAGCUCUGGUAUCCUCGACAAUUUAAGCGCCACCGUACAAAACGUCUUACAAUCUGGAGCUAAUAUUGUCCAAGAGAAUAUUGUAGAGAAGUUAAUUGGUAAUAGAGAUGAAGCAGCUAAUGAUGAAAGCUUAGAUAUUAAUCCUGCUGAUGUAGAGGUUAGAAAAGAAGAUAGUAUAAAUGAGCCAACAUUUCUUGAAAAGGCGAAAUCUCUCUUGGAGGCUCAUAGAAACUCAUUGGAUGAGACCAAAACUGUUAGCUUGAUGAACGAAACAGAGAAUAUAAGUGGUAAAGAUGAAAUGGAAGAGGCUGUCAGAGACGUAGUUGAAGGUGUUGUAAAAGAGGUCGAAAGUUCAGCCUCAGCCCAGAAUUCUGAUGAUGUUGAAAGUGUUGAACCUACACAACAACCUGAGAAUAUUGACGAACAAGAAAGCUCAGAAGCUACCGAAGCAGCCCAAGAAGCCACUGCAAGGGACUUUGUCGAAUCUAUUAUUGAAAAAGCCACGAGCCUUGUCGCAGAGUCUUUUAACAAACAAGAUGAUGAGACAGAGGAAGAAGUAUCCACCUCCUCAGAAGUCAGCGUGGAAAGAGGAGAAGAGACCAUGGAGCCGAAAAAGAGGGGUGUCAUGUUCGUGUCCCCUCAGUUGUCCGAGCAGUCCUCUCUACAGCUCUCUUCGCCACCAGAGUUAUCUCCUCCCGCUGUAGAUGAUCUCACUCCGCCUAGCGACAGUACAAACAGCAGCGGGUCCCAGAAUGAAAGCGUCGACAAAGAUGAGCUUUUUAGCUCCCCAGUAUCGGCGCCCACCAUCAUCUUCAACGAGAACAACAACAACAACAACGUAUUGAACAACAAUACUGAAGAAGAGGAUGAGUCCUUUCAGCGGGUCGCCAUGGAGGUCACCACAAAGGCUGUACAGGAUGCCAUCAAGAUUGUCACGGAGAACGGAACUGGCACGUUCCUAACCAACCCAGCUCUGAGUAACGAUAUCGGCGUCAGCUCACCGUCCAGUCCUGAAAACGACGAAGAAGAGAUGACCACCACGGACUCCAGCCAGGUGGAGCGUGGAAGUCCCGUCUCUGAUAUCACCGACACCUCUGCUCAGGGCAGCGUUUCUGAGUCUUUGUCCAGCUACGACCCCGGUGCUGUCUUCCGCCAGGACGUCGCAAACCUCGCCGACCUGGUCACCUCCCCGAUCGACAACAUCUCUCCAGCCGAGAGCACAUCGGCGGAUUUCCCUGCAGCCCCUCUGAACGCCGCAACCUACAACGAUCUCAUAAACUUUGAGGAGUCUUCCUCCUCCCAAGCCAAUACCCCAACCAACGCCGCUGUUAACAAUACCUGCCCUCUGCCUCUGGAUGAUAACGAAGACCAGAUCAGCAACGACGCCGACCCCUUACUGCCCCUUCCCUCCGAAGUGCCUUCCUCCCUGUCUUUUGACGACUUCAACUCCUCCCCUGGCAAACCCACCAUUGUCAUCAACUCCCCCGACAGCGCCCACCACACCAACGGUUCUGCAGAGGACCUUACGACGUCACAGUCCGAAGCCCUUAUUUAGAACCUCAUCAACUUUCUAAACUAAGAAAAAAAUAUAUAUUUACAUAUUUUACUAUACAUAUAUUUCUAUACACUAACAGUAUACUGUUGCCCGUUAACCAAUAGCAUUAACGUAUUCGCAUGUCAUGGUCGCUCCUCAAGAACAAACGCUGGAACCUCUCGUUGAGUAGCUCUAUGUUAGAGCCUGUAGUGUACAACAAAGACGUUUUCCUUUGUAUCGAAUGGACUAACUUAACAUAUGUUGUGAAUGUAAGAACAAACUAUUCACAAUGGAAUGGAUUGCUAGAAUGUGAAGCAUUAGAAGCUGUCGACUUUGUCAAUAGUUAUACAAGGCAAUGCCAAGGAGUACCGAACUACCAUCCAACAUUAUUACAUACUUACAUCUAGUUUAUACUAACAAGUGGUUCCUUUAAGAGACGGGUCCAAGAAACUGUAUGAUGAACUUGUAGCUUGUACAGUUCUAGAAAAUAGACGUGAAUUGCUUUUAGUAUUCUAGUGUCUAACACUGCCUACACGGAAAGGAUAAACUAAAGGUAGCCAUGGUAACAGAAGACCAUCCAGCAAGGCCAGGACUGACUGUUCCCGUAUUGUUGUUGAAAUAGGUGUUCAUGUUAAGUCAUGUGUUGUUGUAUAUGUCAUGUCAUCUAGUCCUUUUAUGUCUACUUUGUACUGAAGCUCAUUUUGACUUUAUAUAUAAAUAUAUAUAUAUAUUAUUUUUUAAAUAGUAUUUUUUUAUGUUUUUAAAAUGAUUUCCUUGUUUUAAUUUGAUUCAGAAUUAUUAUUAACAAAAAAAAAAAAAAAAAAAAAUUUGAGUUAAAAAAACGUAUAACAGUUUGAUGCAGAGUGAUUAGAGAGAACAUUUUGAGUGGAUUUUGUCCUGGGUGCCCAACCGUCGCCCCGCGGCGCAUAUGUCCUCUUCUGCCAACAAUGGAUAAUGAAGCCACAGAGGCUCACUUUCAGGGAAAUAUUUAAGCGGCCCAUGACACAGGUGUUGGAAAUUUAUUUAGGUGCCGUGAGGUGGUGCUAUUGCAGACCUUUCGAGAAAAUUGGGUGGCCGUGUUGUUAGCGCUUGGGACUGUCGUCUUGAUGGUCCCGAGUCCGAACCUUGCUCGCCGUCACCCAUUGCCGUCCUGUUUGAGGUCUGGGAUUGGACGUAAAGAAUCUUUAAAUCUGAAGUCACGUCUUCAAGUUUCAAACUUACUAUUAUGAGUAGAAUGUUAAGGGGAGAGAACAAAUGAAAUGUAUUUUCUUUUGUUUAACUAAUGUCGGUCCUUACAGCACCAGCAAAUAUUGACUAGCAAAUGUAUAUAUAUUUGAACUUUGAUAUUGAGUUUUAUUUCGGAAAGUGUGUGUUGCUCUAAAAAAACAGAUUAUGUUCUUGUAUUAUUCAUUUGUAUGACGAACAAUUUUCAUUUGGUUUUCUGAUUUUCUUUGGAUUAUGACGAAAGGGCGUUUAGUUAUUUGCACUUUAUAUAUUUGCCAGUAUUAUAUGUAUUAUACGCUGCUUCUUUUUUGUAUAACAACUAACAUACAAAUUAACAAGAAAAAAUAUGUAUUAUAAUUUCUUUUUUAAACUUCGGAAAUGCUAUAAAAAUAUACUUAUGUAAUUUAAAAAAAAAUAGGACAAAUAGUCCUUUUUUUUCUUUUUUUUUCUUUUGGAAAUGCCAUAACAGUAUGCUUUUGUAAUUUAGGAAAAAUAUAUAGUAAACAAUUAUAUUAAAAUAUAUUUUCAAAAAUGUAAUUUUUCAGUUGACCAUGUGCAAUAUUGUCUAAAGCCAGAACGAGUUGAUAGGUUUUGUACAGUUCAUAUUUUUGUCUAUUUUUUAUUGUCUGUUUGAAUUGCUAUGUUUUAUAGAGAGCAAUUAGGUGUGUAUAUAUUUUAAUUAUUUAAGUUUUAAGUGCAAAGUAAUGAAUUUAGGGAGGCACGAUGUCGUUUAUGCUGGUACAUUUAGAUCAGUGUAGACAGUGCCAGUGUAGUGAUAGCUACCUAUUGACUAACGUCGUUUUUUACCUGCCAUAAAAACGCCUUCAAACUAUGUUGUCGUAAUUGCAAAACGUUGGACACUAAACUGUAAGGUUACCGCACUUGCUUUAUACACACUUCUUUGAAACACUCUUCUUGUGUAAUUAUGAUUGUACAAUAUUGUGAAAUAUUUUUGGAGAAAUUUUAAAUAACUAAAUACCGGUACUACUAAUUAAAAAAAAAAAAUAAAAAAUUCCCCUCUUAACUGCUGAUAGCCAAAUCUAGUUUGUUUUGAAAUUCCUAUCACGUGUAUAUUAACACUGUCGAGUAAAAUAGCUCUAAUGGUGUUUCUAUUUUAAUCCAAAAUAAAUUAUUUCAAUAAUAAAUUUUGACAUACCGGUAGUAUUUGAGUCGAAUCCUUUUUUUUUUUCCAUUUAUAGUUCAAUUAGCUGAUAAGUUUGCUGAAUACAGGGGAUUGUCAAGUAAAGAUAGUCACAGGAAUCUGCUCCUUGGUGACGUGUUGUUGUUUUUACGUUAAGCAUUUCAAUACGUACAGUAAGAGAGACAAAGAAGAGAAAGAGAAAAUGGGCAAUAGGGGGGCGAUGUAAUGGAGCAUAAACAAUUUAAGAUAGUGAAAAGGGGAAACUUUGUGAGAGGUUUUGAAUAUUAAAAGUCUUAGAAUCAAUUAUUAGUAUGCUAUUUUGAAAUUUUGCUGGUGCCAGCAAAGUAAUACACAUGACUUUGUGUUACAAGCAUUGAUCUUCAAAUUAGGAUUUGGCAGUGCUAGGAAGUACACAAUAUUGUUGACACUAGUGUAAUCAAUACUUUCUUUUUCUCUAUCGGUACACGGAAUGCAUCAUAGACUCGAAUUUAGACACGUAAUUAAAAUGGCUCCGGUAAAGUCGAGUGUACCGGUAUUAUAAAAUCAUGACAAUAAUAAUGUGCAAUAUUAGUUUUUAAAUUUAGUUGAGUCUACUAUUUGAUGUGAAUUCUGCUGCUAAAUCAUUUGUUAGUUCAAUGUAGUUUGUUCUAAAAUAACACUAUGUUUCUCUUUCUCUAACAGUUUCCCUCUGUUUUUUUUUUACCUGCAAAAAUUUGUAUUUUUCUGAAAUUGUUUGUUCUUUACGAUUGUCCUUAUAACCAAGCGUUCAAUAAAACAUACUUGUAUAUUUGCUCUAUCUUGCCUUUCUGAGUUGUUGUCAAAUUAAUAGCAGAUAUAUAGAGUUAUAGAUCGACUUCCUCACCCCAAUAAUCCAUCUCUCUCUCUCACUCUCUCUCCCUCUCCCCACCCCCCCCCCUCUCUCUCUCUCUCUCUCUCUCUCUCUGUCUCUCUCUCUCUCUCUCAUAGACAAACAUGUCACUGAUUUUAUUUCGACAUCUUUCCCCUGUACAUACUUGAAGUGCCGGUACUGUAGUUAGUGUACCGUACCUGACAAUGUCUAAGAGAAUCAACAAUGAAAAUUUCAUAUAUUCUUGCAUUCUAUAGAUUUAAUGAUCAAAUGGCUAAAACUUUAUGCAGAGUUACAAAGAGCUUAAAGUCUCCUGUUUAAAUCUCAAUGUUAGGACUGCAAGUUUUGCUUUAAAAAUCACAGCCAUUGAAUGUCGACCCUGGGAAGGUACUGGGCUUUGUCCGGGAGGUGGGGGUUGUCUGCGAAGGUUUGAUUUGUGAUAGGGCAAAGAAAUUGUGAACAUGUAAUAUUUACAACAUACUUUUUAUUAAAUUAAUAAAUUAUUACUAUCUAAACUGUGAAUAGACCUUGGUUUUAAUGAUUUAAGUGAAUAAAUUUAGCUCUUGUGAUACUAAGGGAGAAUAACUCCUGAGGGAUUACUGGCACUACAUGCCCUAAAUUGUGCCGAAGUGCCAAAAAAACCAAGAUACAAAUACGCAGAAAAAAGAAGAGAAAGCAAUAUGCAGUAAGUAAGGGCGAUAAAAUGGAUCCUAGAAAAUAUGCUAGAUGAUUAAAAGAGGAAGCUCGGAGGAGAUUUUCAACUAAAUAUCAGUAGAGAAAUUAUUGAAAGCUAACUAAAUUAAAAAAAAAGAAACUGCACUUUUUGAGUUGGAAACGUAAGAAUUUGGAAACUUGAUUCUGCAGUGCACAAAGUUUUCGAUCCCCUCAGAAGUUUUGAAAUACAUAGCUUAAUAUUAGACAGGAGACAUCGAAGACUUACCCCAUUGUGAAAAGCUCCAGGAACAUUAUACUGGCUUUAAAAACGGCAUCUUUAGAAAUAGAUUGUCUUAGCAAACUAACAUGAAUAUAUGUCAGCAAUAUCGUGUAGAUCUGGAAGGGUAAAUAUUCUUUCCAAUGUAUCAGAUAAAUAACGCAUGUUGUUAGUGUGACGUUUGCCCUGAUUGCAUUGACAGCAUACGCAAUAGGCGACUUCUUACCAUGAAUUACAAAGAAAACAAUAUAUGUGAACUUUAAUUCUAAAUAAUAGUAAAAACUUUUAACCAUUGGUAACAAUUAACGAAUCUUAUUGAAUAGUUUCGAUCGCAUUAAAUUGUAUACUUAUUC